AUUUUUGUUCCAUAUUGGAAAAAAUGAAUGUUUUCCCGUUAGUAUUGCUUUAAGCAAUCUAUCUGGUCUUAUUGAUAAGUUAAAGUGAAUUAGACAAUAUGAAGAAACACUUGUUUUUAUUAUUGUUAACGGUAUAUUGUUCUUCAGCCACAACAACGAAAAAUGCAGAGUGCUUCAGAAGUGGAAGAGAUGGGAUAAGUACAUUCUGUUGUAACAACCACGAAUGGAAGAAUGGACGAUGUGUUGAAUGCACAGCCGGUUACAUGUCGACGGGACACGGUAAACCUUGCGAGCCUUGCCGAAGUAACCGAUAUGGCCCUAAAUGCAGUUAUGGUUGCAACUGUUCACCAAGUCAAAGAUGUGACCCAGUUGUGGGAUGCGUGAUUGAUGAAGAAAUAGAGUUGGACAUUUUUGUCGAAUUGGAAGAUGAAAGCAGUGACGAUACCAUUAAUCAAAAUAGAACCGAAAAGAAUAUAUCAACUGAAGAUAAGCUACCUGGUAUAUUAACUUCUGACCCCGUACAGUACAAUAGAGAAAAUCACACGCUGUCUAUAGAAUAUAUCAAUAGCACAGGGGACAUAAAUACAGCGUCGGCGCAACCUGUGACAACAAGCGUUGAACAAAUCUAUGUUCUGUCCAACAUGUCAAAAGAGAAAGACCAUUCAGAAUUGUCGAUAAAAUAUAUAUUAGCAUAUACAUCAGCAGCAGUUGGUUGUUUCGUACUUGUAAUUGUAUUAGCUUACUAUAAAUGGAGAAAAGUAUCUGGGAAUCAUCAAAAAUCCAGGACAUAUCGAAUAGUUAAUAUUGAUCCACCAGACGUACACAUUAGAGGCGAAGCUUUAUACGAAACUAUCGAUGUCAACAAAAUGAACCAAAAUAACAAUCUCGUUAUUGACCCUAAAACUAGUACCAAGGACGUUACAAGUGAAACUCACGAGGAUAAAAUUUCAUUGGGGAAUGCAGAAUGUUUAAAUUCAUAUUUGGAAUUUGUUUCAGAGUUGAACGAAACAAAUGUUUCUCAUCGCUAAUGGUUAGUAUACAGACAAAAUGAGAGCAAUGAAACAUAGACCAAACAACACAUGCUUUAGUAUAGUGUACUAAACUGUGCACCAAUUCAAUUUAUAGGAAUCACUUUGAGAAUAGAUAAUUUGGUUGACUGAAAGAUACGUCCAUGUAAGGCAAAAGUGUAUUGAAACUCUUUUGUAGUGUCUAAAAUUGCGAUGCGUAUGAUACAUGCCAAAUACUGUAUAUUUAGAAAUUUGUGCAUUCUCUUAUAAUUGCGAAUGUUGACAGAAGAUAAAAACGCGAGAUGAAUUAUUUCGAUUUUAAGAAAUGUUACAUACAAAAAAAAAAAAAAAAAAUCAUCCAAAAUUCAAAAUGCUAGCUUGUUUUUGUUUUUGAUUUUUCCGAAAACUAUCUCAUUGGAAAUUUUGCAAUAAUUAAACACAAAUUUUCUGAAUAUACAAUACAAGUUUCUUAAAUAGGUAGGCCCUAUACGUCUGUGCACAUCUUAAUGAUUCUGUAUAAACUAUUCUUUUAAUCUUUUCCGUACAAUACAGACACCCCAAGGGGUAUGGAAAUAUGGUUCACUUUGGUCUUCUUCCGACCGGCAGUAAAACCCUUGUUUGUCUGUGCGGGAUGUAUAAAUUCACAGCCACGUACGAUCAUAUUGUGGACGUUAACUAGAUGUCUCGUGUAGAGUGAGUGCCACGACCUCUGCACGUUUAGAACCCUGACAACUCUUUUAGGGGUCUGUAGCUGGCAUGUUAUGAGGUAUAUAAAUAUGGUCACUUUGGUCUUCUACCGACCGGCAAUGCAACUCUUGUUUAAGUCAGGCAUUCGUUUGGUUAUGCGGGAUGUAUAAAUUCGCAGCCAAGUCCAGUCAUAUUGUGGACGUUCACCUCGAUGUCUCUUGUAGGGGAGUACCACGACCUGUGCACGUUAAGAACCCUGGCAAAAACUUUUUAAGGGCUCCGUUGGUAGUCUGUUGUAAGGCCAACAUCUGUCCCUAUCCCUUAUACCCUCUUGUUUUCCAUUGGCACCACCCUUUAUCCCUUCGAACCCCUAUUGUAUUACCGACCUAUUAUUUUAGUGUCAAUUUGUUCUCGUCUUGAACAUGCAUGAACAAUUUGACACUAGACGUAAAGCAAACAAUCAUAUAUCAAUCAAUUCAUUUAGUAUGUGUCUGUCUUGACUUUCCAAAUUUGUAUGUAGUUGUAUUAAGGGGACAACCAGUUGAUUCUGAGCUGGGGGCCUGGUAGACUUUGUAAAUAAAUAGUCUGGCCCC